AUGUCCCAGCUCUCCUCCACCCUCAAGCGGUACGUCGACUCAUCCCGCUAUGCUGAGACCACCUACAGCAAGGUCCCCAGUGGCUACAGCUCCUACACCUCCUAUGGAUCCACCUUGGCCACGUCCUAUGCAGACAGCGACAAAAUCGGCUUCAAAGCCAGCUACCUCACCUCCCCCCGGUACCACCACACGGGGCUGUCCCCAACCAGUGGCUAUGACAGCAGCCGGCUGCCCCUGUACUCCGACUCCAGCAUCCGCCUGAGCCCCACGUACAUCCGCACCCAGCUCCGGCCGCCCGGUGGUAGGCUGAGCGGGGGUGCAUGCUACACCUUCACGGGGGCCCCCAGCAGCCCCCCGGGCUACCUGCCCACCUCAGCGCCUCUCAGCCGUCGCAAAUCCAUCAGCCACUCGGACCUGGCACGGGAUUUUUCGGGGCUGCACGCCUCGGACAGCACCUACGCGCCCACACCUGGCCCCCUCAGCACCCGGGGCCGCCAGGAGCUUGGUGCCCUGCAGGGUCUCUACCAGGCUGCCGCGCACUCCGACUAUGUCCACAGCUACCUGGAGAGCUACGGGAGGAAAAGCAGCGAUGGCAGCCUCCCCACGCGUCCCCUCAGCCCCUCACAGGCUGCCCUCGGCUCUGUUCUGCUGCCCUCGGGCACCCGCUGUCCCCAGCAUGGUCUGUGGCAGCCAGGGAAGCAGCAGUUUCUCCAUGGCAGUGGCUCAGUGUCACCAGGCAGGGAGACCUUUGACUCCAAGGCGGUGCAGGGGCUGACCGGCCUGAGAAACCUCGGCAAUACGUGCUUCAUGAACUCCAUCCUGCAGUGCCUGAGCAACACCAAGGAGCUGCGGGAUUACUGCCUGCAGAACCAGUACCUGCGGGACCUCAACAACAACAGCCGCAUGCGCACCGCACUCAUGUCAGAGUUUGCCAAGCUAAUUCAGCUGCUCUGGACCUCGUCCCCCAACGACAGCGUGAGCCCCUCCGAGUUCAAGACGCAGAUCCAGAGAUAUGCCCCCCGCUUUGUCGGCUACAACCAGCAGGAUGCACAGGAGUUCCUGCGGUUCCUCCUCGACGGGCUGCACAGCGAGGUGAACCGUGUGCUGGUGCGGCCACGGGCCAGCACAGACACCCUGGACCACCUCCCUGACGACGAGAAGAGCCGCCAGAUGUGGCGGAGGUACCAGGAGAGGGAGGACAGCCGCAUUGGUGACCUCUUCGUUGGGCAGCUGAAGAGUUCGCUGACCUGCAGCGAGUGCGGCUACUGCUCCACAGCCUUCGACCCCUUCUGGGACCUGUCCCUGCCCAUCCCCAAGAAAGGCUAUGGGGAGGUGACCCUCAUGGACUGCCUGCGGCUCUUCACCAAAGAGGAUGUGCUGGACGGGGACGAGAAACCGACAUGUUGUCGCUGCAAAGCCAGGACAAGGUGCACAAAGAAAUUCAGCAUCCAGAAGUUCCCCAAGAUCCUGGUGCUUCACCUGAAGCGCUUCUCGGAGGCCAGGAUACGAACGAGCAAGCUCACCACCUUCGUCAACUUCCAACUGAAGGACCUGGACCUCCGGGAGUUUGCCUCGCAGAGCUGCAACCACGCUGUUUACAACCUCUACGCCGUCUCCAACCACUCGGGCACCACCAUGGGGGGACACUACACUGCCUACUGCAAGAGCCCCGUCUCCAGCGAGUGGCACAGUUUCAACGACUCCCGUGUUACCCCGAUGUCAUCCAGCCAUGUCCGCAGCAGCGAUGCCUACCUGCUCUUCUAUGAGCUGGCCAGCCCGUCCUCCCGCAUGUAGCCAGCCCUGCUUCCCUGGGGACCCCCUGCGACACCCCUCAGAGCCAGCCCCUCCAGGUUUCGGCCAUUUGCCCCCCAGGUGCAAGAGGGAGGUGAAGAGGAGAGCCCCUGAGGUGGCUGCAGCGGGAGGCUGGAGGUGGCCAGGAGCAGACCCCGGGCAAGGACACCCCAGCUCCGAACUGAAGAGGGCAGCCCAUGGCAGGGCAGGGCCCAGGCAGCUCAGGCGCCUCCUGGUCACUGGCAUUUGGUUUCUACC